AGAAACAACAUGAUUGGUGCGGUGAUUGGUCGUGGUGGAUCAAACAUAAAAGGCAUCCAGAGUAUGACAAACACCAAAAUACAGAUCAUAAAGGGCGAUUCCGAAGCAGAGGUAAAAAUUUUUGGCAGCAAGGAGAUGAAAGAAAAGGCCAGAGCAGCUAUAGAAGCUGUUAAAAGAGAAGGGAGCUACAAUCCAGAGUCCACUGUUGAUAAUGCUGCAUCCCAGCCCUCUGCUGGAAGAGCCUGGGGCACAGAUACCAUUGAUAGAAAAGUUCGGCCAUUCAUAGACUGGGAUCAAGUCAGGGCAGGAGCUGCAGACUGGGAAAAAAGGAAAUGGGCAGAUUUAGCACCAGUUCAAAAGAACUUUUAUGUAGAAUCCAAAGCAACAAGUUCUAUGUCUCAAGUGCAGGCAGAUAUUUGGAGAAAGGACAAUUUCAAUAUAACGUGUGAUGACUUGAAAGAUGGGGGAAAGCGUUCUAUCCCCAACCCCACCUGUCAAUUCGAAGACGCUUUCCAGAGUUAUCCUGACUUGAUGAAAAAACUUCAAAAGGCAGGAUUUCAAAAGCCAACGCCAAUUCAAUCACAGGCAUGGCCAAUUAUUCUACAAGGGAUAGAUCUUAUAGGAGUCGCCCAAACUGGAACAGGCAAGACACUGUCAUAUUUAUUGCCUGGGGUUAUUCACAUCGAUUCUCAGCCCACACCCAGAGAACAGAGGGGUGGUCCUGGCAUGCUAGUGCUUACACCCACUAGAGAACUGGCUCUCCAGGUAGAACAGGAGUGUUCCAAGUAUUCAUACAAAUGCCUUAAAAGUAUCUGCAUAUAUGGUGGUGGAAACAGAAAACAACAAAUAAAAGACAUUGCAAAAGGCACAGACAUCAUCAUUGCAACUCCUGGGCGACUGAAUGACCUUCAAAUGAGUAACGCUGUCAACCUAAGAAGCAUAACCUACUUAGUCUUAGAUGAAGCGGAUAAAAUGCUAGAUAUGGGAUUUGAACUUCAGUUAAUGAAGAUCUUAUCGGAUGUGCGCCCAGACCGGCAGACUAUCAUGACAAGUGCAACUUGGCCAGAUACCAUUCGUCGACUUGCACAAACUUACCUGAAAGACCCUAUGAUUGUUUAUGUUGGGACUCUGGAUCUAGUUGCUGUAAAUACAGUGAAGCAAAAUGUAAUUGUCACCACAGAAGAAGAGAAACAAUCCCUCAUCCAAGAAUUCCUGCAGAACCUGUCGCCCACAGACAAAGCCAUCGUGUUUGUCAGCAGAAAACUUGUUGCUGAUGACUUAUCCAGCAAUUUAAGCAUCCAAGGCCUACGUGUACAAUCACUGCAUGGAGACAGAGAACAGAGCGAACGUGAGCAAGCAUUAGACGACUUUAAAAGUGGACAAGUGAAAAUACUGAUUUCUACCGAUUUAGCAUCCCGAGGUCUCAACGUUAAUGAUGUCACACACGUAUACAAUUACGAUUUCCCACGGAAUGUUGAAGAAUAUGUACACAGAGUGGGGCGUACUGGAAGAGCAGGGAAGACUGGCAUAUCCGUUACCCUUAUGACUAAAAAUGAUUGGAAGACUGCCCCUGAAUUGAUUAAAAUUCUGGAAAGAUCAAAUCAAAGUGUCCCAGAAGCUCUUGUAACAAUGGCCCAACAAUACAAGUCCAAUAAACAAAAAAAGAAUGCAGGAAAAAAAUCAAAACUAUUUCAACAAAAACCCAAGGAGUUUCAUUGAGAGCUACAGUGAAAAGAAGUUUUGCCAGACUACCGGAAGACUCAAAAUAUGUUAAAGAAAUGCAGUGUUCAAGAUACAUAAGAAAGCACUGGAAACGUACUGGCAGUUUGAAGACAACCAAUUCUUAAAUACCACUAAGCUUUCAAUAUUGUG